AUGACAUGUCCUGUAUACGAUUACAAGUCAUUCCAGUCGCACGUACUAGAUAAAUUGAAGCGAGAGCAGGAAACAAAGUCGGCAACACAAUCACCUCCAAGCUCCACAUGGCGCAUACUGGAACACAUAUCACUCAUAACGUCUCAGGCUAAACUCCUUCUCUCCAAUUUCUUAUCUCAUCAUGUCACUGGCCCACGCAAACCAUCAUGGCCCAUCCAAUUGACGUUGAUAAUAUCCGUUAUGCGCAAUUUAUUCAAUCACGCUCAUCUGGUCAACAUCCAACAAUUUCGGCAACUGCUUGACUUUCACAACCCGUUGAUACCAUCUGACAUUAUCGUAACACCUGUAUCGUUCAGAGUGCGUCCCUAUGGACUGGAGGGCGUGCUCACCCAGUUGGAUGGUGAGGAUCGUAAAAGCCGUCGUGAGAUUGCUGGAGAGUGGAUAGUCACAAAGGAAUUGUGGAGAAAGAUUAACCAGCAGUACUACUCGGCUUGUCACAAGCAUUACAUGGUGGACAAUGAGGGAACAAGGUGGUCAAACGAACAGGUCAUCCUGUUCUUGCAUGGCGGUGGAUAUUAUUCAAUGUCUGCUCGUACCUAUAGAGACUUGACUUGUAGACUGUCUCAAGCGACUGAACGGAGGGUAUUCGCCAUCAACUAUCGACUCGCGCCAGAGUAUCCCUUUCCGUAUGGUUUGCAUGACGCUGUGCAUGCAUUCUUGUACUUGACCGAUCCUUGUGGACUUGCAAUACAACCUCAAAAUAUUGUGGUGGCUGGAGACGGUGCAGGCGGCGGUUUAGCUCUGGCAUUGCUGCAGUAUCUGCGCGAUCAUCAUAUGCCAUUGCCUGGUGGUGCUAUGUUAUUCUCGCCAUGGGUUGAUUUAACAAUGUCAUGUGAAAGUUGGGACCGUAAUCAGUCAUACGAUGUGCUUAUCAAACCCAAUGACGAUGAUCUCUUCCAUCCAGUAAGAUUGUAUCUCAACCCGUACGAAAAACGUAAAUCGCUAAUAACUCAUCCGUACGUAUCUCCAUUGUUUGGAGACCUGGGCAAUCUCCCUCCAAUACUGAUACAAUACGGAGACGCCGAAGUCUUACACGAUGAGAUAUCUCUUCUUGCUAACAAGAUAGUGCAGACUAGGACUACGUUCGUUCAAUAUGAAGUCUAUGACGAUAUGGUUCACGUAUUCCAGGCAUUCGAUUUCCUGGAUUCGGCAAAAAAAGCCCUUGAAUCAGCAGGCGAUUUUGUAAGAAACACUAUACCGUUGCAACGACGUCGUAACCCAUCUUAUCAAUUACCAUUUCAUCGCAAGUUUGCAUUCCCCGUGUUUGACCUUGACACAUUCGAGGUUACAUCGGCCAUUCCAGAGCCAUCGAUUAUUUCAUCAUGCACACCAACCGAACUUUUGGAACCUACGACAUUGUCAAAACUGGAUAAAGCAACGUCUACAGAAGAGGACGAUAUAGUGAAUUGGGUAUCUCGGAUAUGUGCGGGACAGACGUUUAGUGAUGGCGAAAGCAGUACCGGAAGUAGCAACGAAAGCGGUCAUACGAAAAUAGAUGAUGACGACGAAACAUUCGAUGACGAACAACCGUAUGCGCGACUAUGGAGGUCAAUGAGUCAGCCCGAAUUUCGGCAGGUGGGAUCAGCUUUAAGAACCAGUUAUAUCGGGAUUAGAGCUGUGUGUGGGCGUGUAUACUGA